AUGACCUUUUCAUGUAUCGUUAUAUUUUGUCAGAACGGGAAAUUCGCAUUCUCUCACUGCGAGCUCAAACUUGGUCAUAAUGCAGCUAAAGCAGUACGAAACAUCAUCAAGUUGUGGGAUGAUGAUACAGCUACGAAUACCAGUGGUUUACCGCAUUAUGGUGGCAUGGAGUUGAGUCUGGGCGUCGAACUGCAAUGGACAACGGAGGUGCUCUUUCUAGCAGGGUCACAAAAGCUGGUCGCACUGAUUAAUUUGACAACUCCCACUUUCCGACUUCUCAGGAUCGGUAGCUUAGGCGGGGUGGUAAAAACCGCCAACGCAGACUGGGGAUGA